UCCGCACGUCCACGUGAAGGCAGAAGCUGGCUGAGAGCGCGCAAACAACAUGCACUCUGCCAACGUUACCAGCGGCUAACGUUAGCGUCAAGUUAUUGCCACUCCGUGGCUAAUUAACUCGAAUUUACGAGCCCAACAGGCGGUGGAAAAGCCAGUGUGACUAAACAUGGAUAUAUAUAGAGACGAGACCGAGUUUACGGAUCCUCGGAUGGUCCGGAAGGUUGUGGAUUUGUUUGAUUCCUGUCACAGUUUUGAAACUAUAAUAAGAAUGGGACUUCUUGCGGAUAUGAAAUAUGAUGAUGGGGGAAAUGUCACAGAUGACGAUGAUGAUUAUGUAUAUCAGAGGCCGUCUGCCAAGGACUCUGAAAGAAGAGCCACAUUAUUAGAAGAAUUAAAAAAGCAGGAAAAGGCUGAGAAGAAGCGACACAAGAAACUGAAUCGAAAGGAGAGAAGGCGACUUGAGAAGUUGGAGAAGGAAAAACAGAAACCUACAAAAUGUGAAACGGGGAAAACUGAUUCGCCGCUCUCUAGUACCGGCUGGACCAAACUAGUCAAUGAUAAAUCCAAAAGAGAUACCAUUUCUAGUGAUGAAGAGUAUGACUCGGAAAACCAGUUGGACAGCAGUGACUGUAGUGAAGACAAAACCAACGAUGACAAUAGCAACACCAGGAGCAACUCGGCCCACUUUGAGGAACUGGACAUGAACAGCAUGUUUGUGAGCAAAGCGGCUCUCAUAGCCAGGCGUAAACUGGAGCAGAAGCAGGAGACGAAGGAGAAAAAAAAGUCCCCUGUCAAAGAAGAACCCAAAGUCGUCCCCGACAAACUUGAUAAAGACCCGGAUGAUGAAAAGAAGGAUUCCCCCACCCUUGGGACCUUCACAGUUGGAGAUAAUGUAAAAAUAAGCACCAAUUUUGCAGUUAUUGGAAAUCGGUUUGCAAGUGCUGGAGACUUUAAGAUGGCUGUGAAGUAUUUCACCGACGCAAUUAAGCACAACCCUACAGAGUUUAAGUUGUUUGGCAAUCGUUCCUUCUGUUUUGAAAAGCUGCAAGAAUACGAGAAGGCGCUGGCUGAUGCCGAGCUGUCCCUCGGCCUGUUACCGGGCUGGGUCAAAGGCCUGUUUAGGAAGGGCAGGGCGUUGGCAGGUCUAAAGAGGUACGAGGAGGCCGCUCAGGCCUUCUGGGAAGUCCUCAAAGUGGACGGCUCCUGUGCUGAGGCUGCCCAGGAAAUGAUGCGGGUGCAGAUAACACAACUGAUGGACUACGGUUUCACCCGGGAGCAGAGCUCAAAUGCUUUAAUUAUUCAUGGGACGGUAAAAAAAGCCCAGGAGGUGCUGUCGAAGCUUAAUCAGCAACCUGGAGCGAUUCAUUCCAAUAGCACCGUCCAACCGGCCCAAGCAGCCGACGGUUUCGGCCACUCGUCGGCCCUCACAGCCACCGCGUUCCCCACUCGUGCUCCUCACGCCCACGAUGCACCAAAACCAGCGUUUAAGAACAAACCUUUAGGCCCCGUACAGAAUAUGUUGAAUGUGCCGAGUCGACCCUUGAAGACCAACAAUCGAGCCACGCGUCCGCCACGAGAGCUGUUUCCAGUCUGGGUGGGAAACUUGGUUAGCCCGGUCAACGAGUCUGUGGUUACUAAUCUGUUUAACAAGGCCGGCGAUGUCAGUAGUGUGAAGAUUCUGAGUUUUAAAAGAUGUGCUUUCGUAAACUUUACAAAUCUAGAGCAUUGUUAUGAAGCAAUCAGUCGCUUCCACGGUUAUGAGCUGAACGGCAUGAGGCUCGCUGUGAGGUUUCCAGAUAGGAUUCCUAACGGUUUGGGAAUUUCUAGUUCUGCCCUCAUAUCGGAAGAAGAGGCGAAUAUGAGUUACAGGACAGACGAGUUCGGGGAACAGAGGUACAUCGUUGGAAGUGGACGACCAAUUCGCGCAUACAGACAAGUCACCAGCGACUACAAAAGCCCCCACGAGUACUGAGGAGGGGAAAGACGCCAAUGAAGCGCAGACUUGACCAAAGAAUGACCAUGUGUCAAUAGCCACUGAAGUAUUAUUAGUAAACAACAAAGUAGAAAUGUAGUAGAUGCUGAAAAUUACCUGAUUUAAAGAAAUUAGUUUUUUAUUUUCCGUUCAUAAAAGGAUACUGUGAGCUGAUUCCAGGGGCAAACUCUCCCAUGUCACAUACAACAGCUGGGUGAAUUUGUUUUAAUUAUGGUAUUAAGCUUUUUAAAAUGAUUUAAGUUAAGGACAGUGGAUAACACACAGGAAUGUUCUAAACUCUAACUUACUGCCUAUAUGUAAUCAAGAUUACUUUACUUAUAUGAAAAACAGUGACUUGCGUAUUAAAGGUUCUUUCAUAUUCA